ACACAGUGUACCAGUCAUACACAUUCUACUGCAUAUGACUCUUGCCUCUCUUAUUUGCAGUGGAUUGAAGUUCCCUUUGACUCACAAAUGGCGAGGACCAGGAACAGAGUACUUGUCAGAGGCAUGAUCAGCCCUCUUCAUGCAUCACUGUUUGGGCUCACAGCUGGCAUCACCGGUACAACAAUCCUCUAUCACCUUGUCAACCCUCUAACAGCCGCACUGGGUGCUACCAACCUGCUACUCUACACACUUGUAUACACUCCUAAUAUGAAGCGAAUCAGUAUCAUUAACACCUGGGUCGAAUCUAUUGUCGGCUCUAUACCACCAUUGAUGGGUUGGGCAGCUUGCACUGGUAGUUUGGAGCCUGGAGCCUUUGUACUGGCCGGAGUGCUCUAUGCUUGGCAGUUUGCACAUUUCAAUGCUCUUAGUUGGGGCCUGAGGGGAGACUACUCGAGAGCUGGUUACCGGAUGAUGGCCGUAACUGACCCGGAAAUCCCUAACAAGAUCUCCUUCUCUCACUUCCCUCAGCUCUGAUGAGCAGCCACCCAAAGAAGAGGUUCCACUAGUGGCAACAGAUGAAGGAUUCUGUGACUCAAGCCAACCUAAGCUGUGGCCUGUCAACACGAGAAGUAAUGUCCUGCAGCUUGUGGAAUUGAGUCUUUAACGGCAGAUUCCAAGAUGAGUGGAGUGGAGUGUGUGGCCUGUCAGAUCAA